AUGGGUAGAUCCAUUACGGGUCCCGCAAGAGCUACAACUUGUUUCCGUUCAAACUCAACAGAUGCCGAACUCGAGAGGUUGUCAAUUAUACGAUUCACCUAUGACGACCACAAAGUGAUCUACUUCAGCAACCCUCAAGAUGACACAACGCCUCAUUCUCUUACUCGCUUCAUUCCAUGGGCGGAGGAGUUUCCCAAUUACGAACCAAUAAUACUCGACAGUGCUGAAGGCUUUACACCAGAGUGGACGACAGAAGAGGUAGAAGAGAGGAACACAAAAGGACGAAAGUCAAUGGCAGUGCUGAAAAACCCCACUGGAAGGACGGGUGCAGCUGGUCGAGGCCUUCUGCCUUCUUUCGGACCGAAUUCGGCAGUUGUUGUUGUGUUGAUUUUGGAAGAAAACGUGUCCGACUACGAAUUUGAUUCUGGAAAAGAGGAAGUAAUACGCAGAAUUUUGCUCAGGAGCUGUCCACGACGAAAGCACCAACUUCCUUGGUUCAUCUGCAAGCAUACCGCCGCAUGUGAUAAAGUGGGGUGCCUUCACAGUCUGUUCCUCUCUUAUAUGCACUCGGUGGUUGAUGAAGCUUCGAAAUUAGACUCAAAUCAAUCUUUGAUUUACCGUUUAAUUGUUGAAGAAUUUGACAAAUGCCCCAUUCGUCUGUGCCACUUGGGUGAGCUGGAGGACUGGGUGAACUGCGACAAUGCAUGGAUCGACAUCACUGCCAUUUGCGCCCGUAUUACGUCGAACUUCAGUUUCUGGGAUAUCAUCCCAUUACUGUUUACCACCACCUCUUCAAAAGCUGAUUGGUUUGAAGUCAGCAAGUUACCACCAGUGAAAUCCAGUCACUUCAGUUGUCUGGCCUACUUCCUCGAAGCCUACCUUCGGAAGCAGGUUAAAAUCGAAUCUUGA